UUGAAUUUAAUUAUUAAUAAAAAUAUUGGGCCGUCACAAAUCGAACCAACAAUCGACCCAACAAACAACAUAACAAUCGAUCCAACAAUCGACCCAAAAAUCGACUCAACAAUCGACCCAACAAUCGACCCAACAAUCGACCCAGCAAUCGACCCAACAAUCGACCCCACUAUCGACCAAACAAUCGAGCCAACAAUCGACCCAUCAAUCGCUCAACCAAUCGACCCAACAAUUAACCCAACAACCGAACCAACAAUUUCCUCAACAAUCGACCGAACAGUCGACCCACCAGUCGACGUAACAAUCGACCCAACAAUCGACCCAACAAUCGACCCUACAAUCGACCCAACAAUCGACGCAACAAUCGACCUCACUAUCGACCCAACAAUCGAGCUAACUAUCGACCUAUCAAUCGCUCAACAAAUCUACCCAACAAUCAACACAAAAAUCAACCCAACAAUCGAACCAACAAUUGCCUCAACAAUCGACCGAACAGUCGACCCACCAGUCGACGUAACAAUCGAGCUGACAAUCGACCCAACGAUAGACCCCACAAUUGACCCAGCAAUCUACCCAACAAUCAACCCAACAAUCGACCCAAAGAUCGACCCAAUAAUCGAUCCAACAAUCAACCCAAAAAUCGACCUAACAUUCGACCCAACAAUUGACCAUACAAUCGACCGAACAAUCGACCCAACAAUCGACCCAACAAUCGACCCAACAAUCGAUCCAACAAUCGACCCAAUAAUUGACUCAACAAUCGUCCCAACAAUCGACCCAACAAUCGACCUAACUAUCGACCCAACUAUCGAUCCAACAAGCGACCCAACAAUCAACCCAGCAAUCAUCCUAACGACCGACCAAACAAUCAACCCAACAAUAAACCCAACAAUUAACUCAGCAACCGACCCAACAAUCGACACAACAAUCGAUCCAACAAUCAACCAAACAAUAGAACCAACAAUUUACCCAAUAAUCAACGCAACAAUCGACCCAACAAUCGACGCAACAAUAUACCUAACAAUCGACCCAAUAAUCGACCAACAAUCGACCUUUAUUUAUACUUGCUUAGGUACUUACUUAUAA